AUGCCCAAGAUCGAGGACAUCACUCCGCCACUCAAGACGGCUGAACCAUAUGCGAAGCUACCGCUUCUACUCCUCGAUCCCGCGGCCGACCGAAAGAUCGUUAUCCCCCGCCUGGAGAGUUACCAGGACAUGAUCAUGUUGGUGAAACGGAAGUUGGACGGACUUGCGAAUGCGUCUUCCAAGAGCGUCGUGCUAAAGUCGACUUCAGUUCCUGGUCUUGAAGGGGAGAAGGUGGAGAUUAGCGAGGAGGCUUGGCCGGAUAUUGCCGCGCAUGUCAAGUCCAUCGAGGUUGAGGCCACUAAGCGAGUGCGCUCUGAUACUGUGGGGAAGGCCAAAUAUCAAAACGGCGCUGUCUUUUCAUCCGACGCCGCGCCGCCUGCUAACGUCCCACGAUCCUCUACCGCCAUCUCAACGUUCUCAACCCCCGCCGCUGCCUCAUCAUCCUCCAAGAAACGGCCCAAAACUGCAACCUCCACCGCGGUCCAUGCCUCUGCCUCCAAACCAAAGACCCUCGCCCCCUCACAACCCGCCGCUGGACCAUCACGCCCAAGAAAUUCCGAACCGCCCAAGAUACGCGCUGUCGAUGCCAGUGUCGACGAAGUCGAGCCAAGGUCCUUCGCAGCACCCUCGGUGCUAGGGUUUGGCCAAACGUCCCUAUCCCCACCUGUCGUUGCGGAGAAGCGCGCGCCUAUUGUGAGCGGCAGCAAAUCCACUCCCGGUUCUCGUACCUCUACUCAGAGCUCUGCAACACAUCCGGCAAUAGCUACUCUACCCUCGCCCAUCGUUGUGCUUGACUCGGACGACGAGGAGGAUUGGGGAGGGUACGAUGAUCCAGAACCAGACAUACCGCUCAGUACACUCGUCGAUGUGAAGCCGUCUCCGCACACCACCACACAGAGUCGUCAUGUACUGUCUGUACCUUCCGCGUCCAAAGUUCCCGUCUCCGGCGCUGUUUACGUGUUCACGAGAGACGACCUCAAGACUUGUAAAGCGCCGCCUAACUUCGUCGCUCAUGAAGUCUUCAAGGGCAAGCAGAAGAUGUCCGACUGUCUAGACAUGCAGGUCCCUAAUGGCGCCUUCUACACGGCGAAAUGCCAUGCCUGUCAGAAACGCGUACUGCCUUGCCAAAAGAUCGGGCGAAGCUCGGGCGGAACGGGGCGGAACUCCGCGCAUACUGCGGCACAGCCGUAUCAGCUUGCUCCACUACUACUCCUCGACGGUGACCGCAAGAUCGUCAUGCCACGCCUGACAGACUACAAGGCAAUGCUCACGUUGGUCAAGAAGAAGAUACCAGAUAUCAGUGAUUGUGGUAUAGAAGACCUCGUCUGCAAGUCAACGUCAGUACCUGGUCUUGAGGGGGAGAAGGUCGAGAUAGGUGAGGAGUCGUGGGAAGGUUUGGUCCCGCGCCUGAAGACAUUCGAGGUUGAGGGUGACAUUAUCCUUGUCGUUGGUGAUGGCAAGAAUAUUGGCACCGCUGCUCGGCCCUGCAAGGCAUCCGGACCAUCUCGUCCCCACAAACCCACGCACAAAGCAACCGAGAAUACUGGUCGAAUUACAUACGCACUCCCAGAAGUCGCGACGCUUCCCUUUGAUAAGAUGGUAGCGAUACAUGCGGGCUCCGCUAAAGACUUGUCGUUGAAAAGUACCCACAUUACAUGCGAUGAGCGGUUCAAGCCUAUAAUCCGGCCUAGAACAUUGCCCUCUCAUCGCAAUGUUACCGUCAAGAUUGCUGUGUUUGGCUACGCCCGAACACAAAGCUUUAGUCUGGACUGGCAAGAGGCUUUCGAGGCCGAGAUCAAUGGGCGAAUGACAUUGGGAGAGCUGAAAGCGAAGCUCGUCCUUGUCGGGACCUCAAACACCAGGAAGAAUGGCGCAUCCACCACGUAUAACGAGGUACUAGGGAACUCGUUCAAGUCGCCCCUCACCCUCACGUUCAACGACAGUCUAGGCAAUGACUGGUGGAAGGACGCACCUGAGGAUGAUAGUCGCGUGCUUGCCUCAUUCCUCCAUCUCCCAGAGUCCCCGCCGAGCUACUACUACCUCCGCAUCCACUGCUUGAGCACGUACGAUGGCUGA